GGGGCUAGCGCUGUGCCGGCGGCUGCUGGAGGAGGAUGGCCGCAUCCAUCUCUGUAUCGCCUGCCGCAACGCCCAGAAGAGCGAAGCCACGCGAGACCUCAUCCUGGCCACCCACCCCGCCGCCCAGGUCUCUACGGUGGAAGUGGACCUGGGUAGCCUGGCUUCCGUCCUGCGUGUCGCCCGUGAGCUCCGCUGCAGGUUUCAGCGCCUGGACUUUGUCUACCUCAAUGCUGGGAUCAUGCCCAACCCACACGUGAACUUCAAGGCACUCUGGCAUGGUCUCCUCACUGGGAAGGUGCUUCACAUGCUGACCACUGCGGAAGGCAUAAUGACCCAGACAGACAGGCUUAACGGAGAUGGACUGCAGGAGGUGUUUGCUACCAACCUCUUCGGACACUUUAUCCUGAUUCGUCAACUUGAGUCUCUACUCUGCAGUAAUGAAAAGCCCUCACGACUCAUCUGGACCUCUUCCAGCAAUGCCAGGGAGUCUGCCUUCAGCCUUUCUGACUAUCAGCAUGCCAAGGGGCAGGAAUCAUACAGUUCCUCCAAAUACGCUACUGACCUGACAAGUGUGGUUUUGAACAGGAAAUUUAAUAAGCAGGGUCUGUAUUCCAGUGUUGUUUGUCCUGGUCUUGUUAUGUCUAACAUGACCUACAGGAUUUUGCCAGUUUUUCUGUGGAAGCUGCUAAUGCCCAUCAUGUGGUUGAUCCGCUUUUUUGCCAAAACAUACACUCUGACACCGUAUAAUGGAGCAGAAGCUCAUGUGUGGCUGUUCAAACAGAAGCCAGAGUACCUGGAUGUGCUUGUCAAAUACCACAGCUGUACUUCUGGACUGGGGAAGAGCUAUGUGGAGCCCAGAAAGAUUGAUGUGGAUGAAGAAACUGCUGAGAAAUUUUACCAAAAGCUGUUGGAACUGGAGAAGCAGGCUCUAGAGAGAUACAGUGAUCUCCUAGAUUAAGUAAAGCCAAUCUCAGUGGGAUAAGUCUCGUAUCGGUAACAUGGGCUUUCUUCAUUCUGGUGCUACUUGUGUUGCCUGCUGUUCUGCAGGCACAUGGCUUCAGACCCCAUCUUCCUUCUCGACAGAAGGUGAACAGUUCCUGAAAAUGGAAAUGUGAAAACUGAAGAGAAAUACUUAGUCUUUCUGGUAUGGGAUUUUUUCUGGCAUAAAACUGGAGACCUAGAGUAGGUGGAGACUGUCUUAACACAGUUGCAAAGCAGUGUCUUGCGAAAGCAUGACUGAACAGUACACAGUUUGGGAACAGCAUCAAAUUAUGUGGCUUAAAUCUGGCUUAGUGCAGGAAAGGCAACAGUCUGGGCUGCUGCCCUGCAUCUUGGCUCUACCAGUCUUUCUAGAUGGCUCAAACACAUUACCUGUGGCUGAUCCUGAAGUACUUGAAGGCCCAUCUUCAGAAGAGCUGCUCUUCAUCUGUACAUCAAAGCUGGGACCGGCUUUCCAGACAUGCUCAACAAGAUUGAACCUUGCUGGAAGUCAGGCUCUGCACAGCAUCUGAAGCCAAGCUCCUGAAGAGCUGGCCUGAGAAGCGCACCCUUGCCUCAACUCUGAGGACAGAUGUCUUGCUGUCCCCUCGGUAUGGGGCCAUGUUGUAACCACAACUGGCUGGAAAGACUGAAGUUGUUGAUGUUAACCUGGACUCAGGGCUAGUCUGCUCUGUUUGUAGCAAGAGUGAGAGGUUACCAUGUUAUUUUAUCUAUUUAACUGUCUUUUUAUAUAAAAUUUACUGUACUGAGUUUUCUUCCUGUUGCCUAUCUGGGGAGCUUCAAGUACCUGGUGUACUUCAAAUGCUGUAGUGAAUAAAUGACUGGAACUGACUUGUCCUUGCUGCAGUGGUGUUCUUCCUCCAAUAGCUGGCUGCUUUUGACUCAGAGGGCUUUGUUGCCUUGCACAAUAAGCCUGUGCAUACAUGGGAAGCAUGGGGUCUGUUCUCUCCUGCCAUAGGAGAGCUGUUAACCACCUCUUUGGGUUUACUUCUCUUGUUCCUUCUAG